AUGGCCGUAAAAGCCCUCAUCUCAAGCCUUGAGGACGAGAUCCUUGACCCGGAGGAAGAAACAUUCUUCCUCUUCUCCCACGACUUCCGUUCCUCGAACCUGGGCAUGAUCGACCCGAAAGCCGCUGAACUCUCGUUGACGAUUGCCGGCCGCGACUUCACAAUCCAUCAGUCCCCUACCAUCCUCUCGUCAACGCGUGCUGGUGGCACCACCGGGGCCGUCCUCUGGAAAGUGACGCCCCUCUUCGCAACCUACCUUUCCUCCCCUUCCUCCCUGUUCAACCCAAUCUUCCACCCUUCCUCCACGAUCCUCGAACUAGGCUGCGGCAUCUCCCCCCUGACGGCACUCCUCCUCGCCCCGCGCGUAUCCCGCUACGUCCUCACAGACCAGCCCUACGUGGCGCGCAUAAUCCAACAGAACCUCGAGGCGAACCCCCUACCAAAGUCCGCCUCGUCCUCAUCCUCAAAACCCUCCUCCUUCUCCUCCCGCCGGAAAAGGGCUGGCGCAGCAAACCCGUCGUCGUCAUCGUCCGCCCCCGGCCAGGACGCCAGAGCCGACAGCCCCGGUGUGAUCGCCUUCCGUCCCCUCGACUGGGAGCUCGACACCCCGGACUCCUCCCUCACGGGCUCCCCCGCCGCCCGCAGCUUCGACGCCCUCAUCUGCUGCGACUGCAUCUACAACGAGGCCCUCGUCGGGCCCCUCGUCUCCGCCACAGCCGACCUCGCCCGCCUCCGCCUCCGCGACCAGGAGGACGACGCCAACGCCCGUGACGCCGCGGGCGCCACCGGGGACCGUCACAACCACUACUCAGCAUCGUCCACAACGACAACGACGACGGACCGGUCCGAGCCGUGCGUCUGCAUUGUGGCGCAGCAGCUCCGCAGCCCCGACGUCUUCGAGGCAUGGGCCAGGGCCUUCCACCGAGACUUCCGCGUCUGGCGCGUCCCGAGCGCCCUGCUGCCCGAAGGGCUGAGAAUUGAGUCCGAGUUCGUGGUUCACGUCGGCAUUCUGAGAGAAGCCAGAGUGGACUUUUAG